CUGUAAUGAUCGAACAUCCUCCACCUGUGUUCAUCGAACCACUUCCACCUCCUGUAAUGAUCGAACAACCUCCAUCUCCUGUAAUGAUUGAACAACUUCCACCUGUGAUCAUUGAACAACCUCCACCUCCUGUAAUGAUCGAACAACCUCCACCUGUGAUCAUAGAACAACCUCCAUCUCCUGUAAUGAUUGAACAACUUCCACCUCCUGUAAUGAUCGAACAACCUCCACCUCCUGGAAUGAUCGAACAACCUCCACCUCCUGGAAUGAUCGAACAACCUCCACCUGUGAUCAUAGAACAACCUCCACCUCCUGUAAUAAUCGAACAACCUCCACCUCCUGUAAUGAUCGAACAACCUCCACCUCCUGUAAUAAUCGAACAACCUCCACCUCCUGUAAUUGUCCAGGCUGCUCAGCCAGCUGUAGCAGUUGUCCAGGCUCCUGGUCCUGUGGUGAUGCAAGCUCCUAUGAAAUCCUUUCCCGCAUCAACAAGGUGUGGUUUCUGCCAGCAGCAGAUUGUCACAUCGACCAGAUCCGUAACUGGAGUCCUCGCCUGGGUGGUUGCCGGGAUACUCUUUUUCUUGUGCAUUUGGCCGUGCUGCUUGAUUCCUUUUUGCGUGACGUCCUGCAAGGACAUCGAACACUCCUGCCCCUACUGCAAGAACGUCAUCCACAUUUACAGACGGAUGUGAGACGUCUCACACAGAACACGGAGAACCUGUAGAACAUCAUGAACCAGGCGAAAUGCUGUAGGAAUAUAC